AAAAGGGGGAAUGGAGAGCUCUCCAAAAGCUCUUCGAAACUGAGAGAGCUUGGCUUGAAGAAGGAGAAGGAGAAGGAGAAGAAGGAGAAGGAGAAGAAGAGUGGAUAUUUUGGGAAGGAGUGGGGGAAAAACAAAACUUUGGUGGGUCUUUGUUCCCGGUCUGGACCUCUUCUCAUAGUGAAAAUUGGUUCGUUCUUUAUAAAAACUUCGUCUUUGAGACCCUGGUUUUGUUGGAGGAUUGGAAGGGUCUUGCCAUUCUCUUGAUUUUGGCUGUGAAUUGGGGAGGGAGGGAGAUUAUUUUAUUUUAAUUUAUUUAAAAAAAAAUUGAUUUUGGAGAGGUUUGAAGGAGUUUUGGGAUUGAACUCCAUUGAUUGGGGUCUUGGAGGCUAUGUUUGAGGACCAGUCCUGUGUGAUCUCGAGGCCUUUGACGAAAUCUUGUGAAAAGGAAUCCGGGUGGGUGUAUAUGACCUACAAACUUCUCGAUAUAUCCAAUGGCAAGCAACAGGAGGCAUCCAGCAGGCAUGAUGAACAAGGUGGUGAUAGUGCGAAGAAGAGGAGGAAAUCCCUAAAGGCAUCUGAUCAAGGUGGUGACGGGCGGGAUUCUGAUACAACAUCACUCAUCCAUCCUAUUGGAUGGGACAAUUCAAUCAAUUGUCUACUUCGUUGUUCUCGAUCCGAUUAUGGUGCCAUUGCAUCCCUUAACAAGGGUUUCCGAUCCCUUAUCCGGGGCGGUGAGCUUUAUAAGCUACGGAGAUUGAAUAAGAUUGUUGAGCAUUGGAUUUACUUCUCUUGUAAUGUUCUUGAAUGGGAAGCUUAUGAUCCAUAUCGCGGGCGGUGGAUGACCUUGCCAAGGAUGCCUCCUAAUGAAUGCUUCAUGUGUUCAGAUAAGGAGUCUUUGGCUGUGGGCACUGAGCUGCUUGUGUUUGGGAAGGAGGUGACUUCUCACAUAGUGCUCAGGUAUAGCAUCUUGACAAAUUCUUGGUCUGCCGGUGUCAAAAUGAAUUCACCUAGAUGCUUGUUUGGAUCGGCAAGUCUCGCGGAGAAAGCAAUUCUGGCUGGUGGAACUGAUGCGCAUGGGACCAUAUUGGACUCUGCAGAGCUUUACAAUUCGGAGACGCAAACUUGGGUGACUCUGCCUAACAUGAAUAGACCGAGGAAGAUGUGCUCUGGAGUUUUUAUGGAUGAAAAGUUCUAUGUCAUUGGAGGAAUGGCUAGCAAUACAGAGGUGUUGACGUGUGGUGAAGAGUAUGAUUUGGAUAAAGGAGUGUGGAAGAUCAUACCAAAUAUGUCCUCCGGGCUCAAUGGCGCUAGUGGUGCACCACCACUUGUUGCAGUGGUUAAUAAUGAGCUCUAUGCGGCUACUUAUGCAGAUAUGAUGCUGAGAAAGUAUGAUAAGAAGAAUAAAUCAUGGAUUACACUUGGAAGUUUGCCUGAAAGGCCUGUCUCGAUGAAUGGUUGGGGUCUUGCAUUCCGAGCUUGUGGUGAGCAGCUCAUAGUUAUUGGAGGACCAAGGGCAACAGGCGGAGGGAUGAUUGAGCUUAAUGCGUGGAUUCCGAAAGAUGGACCACCUGAAUGGAAUAUGAUUGCUAGCAAGCAUUGUGGAAGUUUUGUGUAUAAUUGCGCUGUUAUGGGCUGCUGAUUUUUUGGGUAAUAAUUAAUGACACCUUCAGUGUUGUACAGGUUUUGGCCGGAGGUGGAUGCACCAGGUUGACUUGCUUAACUCAUUCAUUAUUGAUGCUGUUUGACAGGUGGCAACUGGCUUUUCCAAAAUUUCAGACUUAACUCGAGAUUUAAAAGGAACUCUCUUCGGUAUAACUCUCAGGUUUUGGUUUUCCCCCCUUAUCUGCUGUGCAAUUGGAAGUUCUUUUACAUGUUGGCAUAAGGAUAUUUAGACAUUCAGGGUCAUGCAGUACAGAGAUAGGUCAAAAGUUUGAUGCUAAUAAAGCUUUGCUAGAUCAUCAUACUUGAAGAAAUGUUUUUCUUUUUUUCCAGAGUAGUGUUUUAUGGUUGAAAUUUUUUCACCUUUAUUUGGAGGAAAAUAAAGGGUGACAUGUGUUUCAUUUGGUCAUAGUGUGUGCCGACAUUUAUUAGAUACCGUCAAGAACUUCUCUGUUUCCUAUUCAACUAUUUUGUAUAUCUGCAGAAAUAGAUUCUUUUUUGCCUGCCUGUGGUUAAAUACAGAACAUUUGAAUGUUGUCUUAAAA